AAGCUAAAGUCAAACAAAAGAAUUCACACUGUUUACUUCACAGCCUUUGAAUUUGUCAUGCAAAAUAUGGACCCCAAUAUGGACAAAUCUCAGGCCCUGUGAAUGGUUUUUUUUCCUGUAGAAUCGACAGCAGCCCAUAAUUCUAUUGACCAAAUUAUCCAAACCCAGAAGAAAUAUAUAUAUUCUAGGUAAAUCAAAGUGGGUUAGCUUUAGCUUGUUAAAUAUGGUGAAGGAUCGUAAAAAUAACUCAGGCUGACACAAAGAACAUCUAGGGAAGUGAGAAAGAGACCCUCCAAAGCAAAGAACAUUGGAAAACCAGAAUCAAGUGUAAUUCCUAUCUGUCCUCAUAGCCAAAGUAAAGAAUAACAGAGACCAGUACCAUUUUGCCCCUAUAAAAUUAGCACAAAAGCUAAAGUUUCAGUCCUUGUAUAGGAGACUGGAAACAUACCCCCAUGUUCAUCUCUCUCUCUCUCUCUCUCUCUCUCUCUCAUUCAUUUGCCCAUUUUCAUUUUUCAAAAUUUUUUAAACUAAAAUGAGUGAUUUCAUCACUGCCCAGUAUUUAUAACUCCACACCCACAUGGGCAAAACUUUAAGAGAAGCCUGAAGCCAACCCAAUAGCAAUACUGUAUUCGUGUGUGUGUGUGUGUGUUUUUUUUUAAUCAGCUUCUGCAUAGAAGUUCAAGCCUGUCAGAACAUAAAACCAAGGUGGAGGAUUAGAAGCUGCAAGAGAAUAGAGAGAAGCAAGCGAAGUUAUUUGUUAUUUUUUUGGAUUCAAGAGCUUUGGAAGUGGUAAGGGAUUGAAUUAUGGGGUGGGGGGGUUUUCUUAGAUUGGUCAUUCUGAGUUGGAUUUGGAUGGAUACAAAUACUAGGAAUAAAUGGUGUUACUGUUUUGAUCACAGAAGAAGACAACACCAAUGUGGACAACAACAAACAUAUACAGAUUUGGCAAAAGAAAAAAAACCAAGAAAUUUCUCAAACAUGGCUUCUAUUUGGUGUAGUGAGAUCUCACCAAUCAUUUCCAUCUUUUUAUGUUUUCUUCUUGUUUUUUCUUUAAUUUGUCCUGUUUAUUCGUCGGAGACCGGCCAUAGCAAUGCAACCAACCAAACUUUCCGGCCAGAGGACGAGUUAAAGAAGUUGAAGAUGAUAAGAGAACAUCUCAACAAGAUUAACAAGCCUGCAGCGAAAACAAUUCAGAGUCCUGAUGGGGAUCUCAUAGACUGUGUUUUGUCUCAUCGGCAGCCAGCUUUUGAUCAUCCACAAUUGAAAGGACAGAAACCAUUGGAGCCACCAGACAGACCAAAGGGGCAUAAUCCAACAGGCAUGGUAACUGAGAAUUUUCAAUUAUGGAGUAUGUCCGGUGAGUCAUGCCCAGAAGGAACAAUUCCAAUAAGAAGAACAACUGAACAAGAUAUGUUAAGAGCAAGUUCUUUUCGAAGAUUUGGAAGAAAACUAGGAGGGCAUGUAAGAAGAGACACUAACAGCGAUGGCCAUGAGCAUGCAGUUGGGUAUGUGACUGGAGAUCAAUAUUAUGGUGCAAAAGCAAGUAUAAAUGUGUGGGCACCUACGGUUUCUAAUCAAUAUGAAUUCAGCUUGUCACAAAUGUGGGUCAUUUCUGGUUCAUUUGGGGAUGAUCUUAACACCAUUGAAGCUGGUUGGCAGGUUAGCCCAGAAUUGUAUGGGGACAACUACCCCAGAUUCUUUACAUAUUGGACAACUGAUGCAUAUCAAGCAACAGGAUGCUACAAUUUGUUAUGCUCAGGCUUUGUUCAAACCAACAACAGAAUUGCAAUUGGGGCUGCCAUCUCUCCAACAUCCUCUUAUAAUGGUGGACAGUUUGAUAUCAGCUUAUUAGUUUGGAAGGAUCCAAAGCAUGGAAAUUGGUGGCUUGAAUUUGGAAAUGGGGUUUUAGUUGGGUAUUGGCCAUCAUUUUUGUUCACUCACCUAACGGAUCAUGCAAGUAUGAUACAAUUUGGUGGAGAAAUUGUGAAUUCCAGGCCAUCAGGGUUUCACACAUCUACCCAAAUGGGAAGUGGCCAUUUUGCAGGAGAAGGUUUUGGAAAAGCCUCAUAUUUCAGAAAUUUGCAAGUUGUUGAUUGGGAUAAUAACUUAAUUCCUUUAACAAAUCUAAAAGUUUUGGCUGAUCAUCCAAAUUGUUAUGAUAUUCAAGGAGGUAUUAACAGAGUUUGGGGUAAUUAUUUUUACUAUGGAGGGCCUGGAAGAAAUGUGAGAUGUCCCUAAGGGAAUGGUAUAUAGGAUGAGUUUUUUUUUUUUUUUUUUUUUUUGGGUUUUUUUUUAUAUGGGUGUCUUCUCAAGAUCAUUGGUGAGUUUAUUGGGUUAUUCUUAUAUUUAUUACUUUGUUAAUCCUUUUUUUUUUUUUCAUUUUGUAAACUUUAACCUUUCAACUAACAGGUGAUAUAUUAAUUAUAUUAUUACUUCCUUAGGGACUUAUGUAAAUGAAAAAAUAAAUAAAUAAAUAAAUAAAUUUUACUGAA